ACACCUUUCUAUUUUUUGAACAAAUUCGGUCAUUCAUUUAUAACGUGGGAGCCUUAAAAUACCAUUCGGAUGGAGAUCAAAAUGUUCGAGAAAAAACAAAGGAAAAAUAUCUGAAAAAUCGACAACUCGUGUUCCGACCGUGUCUCGACAACCGCCUGCCACCCUCCACUUCGCCACCCACCCUUCUCUCCUACCCUUGUUUCGGUCGCCAUACCUGUCUUUCUUGGAAAAAACGGCAUAGAGAAGAGAGAAAAAACGAAAAGGGGAAAAGAAAUCUAGGGUUCCGAAACCCUAGAUUCUCCCUCAUUUGCAUCCAAUUUCUGAUUCCUUUGGUUCCUUUUGUUCUUUUCUCCUCUUAUAUCGAUCAAUUCAUCACGAUAAGGAGGAGGAAGAACUGGAUUGGAUUUGCAUAUAGGAAGUAUACCGAUUCGUAGAUUGCUUUAUUUAUUGGAUGUUUUCGAGGGAUUCAUGGAUUCCGAAAGGUCCUCGCCGGAAUGCCUCUGCGCAUCCUGCCCCUGCUGCUCGCCGCCAUCCACCAUCUGGCGCCGAUCCGUGAAGCGCAAGCUGGAUCCGGCAGAGGAUGAGACACGCGGCGACCCGCCGGUGGCUGGCGACGUCGCCCGGGUGGAGGUGGCGAACGAGGUGGCCGCCCUCCGGGAGGCGCUGGCGACACAGCAGCAGACGAUCCAGGAGCUGUGCGUGGAGCUGGAGGAGGAGCGGAACGCGUCGUCGACGGCGGCGAGCGAGGCCAUGUCGAUGAUCCUCCGGCUCCAGCGGGAGAAGGCCGAGGUCCAGAUGGAGGCCCGCCAAUUCAAGCGCUUCGCCGAGGAGAAGAUGGCCCACGACCAGCGCGAGCUCGCCGCCCUCGACGACCUCCUCUACAAGCGCGACCAGGUCCUCCAGUCCCUGUCCUACGAGCUCCAGGCCUGCAAGCACCGCCUCCUCAGCUACGGCAUCGCCCCUGAUGCGGACGAUUACCCCCAGACCCCUGCUGCUGCCGCUGCUGACAGCCCUCGAUUCGACGACCUCCUGGCCGACGACAAUUACCCUCAGCUGAGAUGCAACAUCCCAGGCGAUGACAAUUAUAUGGAUGCCACUGAUCUUGACAAAUAUGCUUUUGGGGAGACCCCGACCAAGGAAGAGGAGGAGCUCCAGAACCUGGAACAUCGGACUUACCGGCUCGCGACGACAUCUGAUGGCAGCCAUGUGAUGGAGAAGGGCGUCGUGGGGCAGUCCCCAUGCCGGCCGGGCCAUUUCCGACAGCCCUCUCCUGAUAGCUGUGGUUCGUACUCGUUCCCCGGUAGGGAUGAUGGGCAGGAGGAGUUCAAGAACCAGGAUGAAUUCCCGGUCACAGUGGAUCGCCCAUUGGAUGAUGUCGGUGGGGACGAUGCUGCGAGUGAUAGGGUGUACACAAUUGAUGCAGUGCAUGGGGUCCUGAAUGUUGGGGUAUGCGAGGGCCAUGAGGACACACCGAGGGAGAAGAGGAAAAGAGACAAACUAGAUGGAGAGGAGGAGGAAGGGGCGACAGACAUAAAGAAGCUAUACAAGAGGUUGCAGGCACUGGAGGCUGAUAGAGAGUCGAUGAGGCAGGCCAUCAUCUCGAUGCGGACAGAGAAGGCUCAGCUGGUGCUGCUGAAGGAGAUUGCUCAGCAGCUUUGUAAGGAGGUGGCACCUCAGAGGGAGAUCGUCCAGAAGAAGCCUUUGAUCACCAGCUUUUCAGUCAUUUCUGUGGUCAAGUGGAUCGUAUCAUUGGUUUUCUGGAGAAAGAAAGCAACUCGAAGCAAGUAUACAUUUGGGCAUUCAAACAACAAUGUUGGCUUAUUGUUGCUGUUAGAGAAAUCACCUCGAAUGAGCCAGUGGAGAUGUCUCACGACAACAGAGGGCUGAUUGCAGCUAGUAGAUAUAUGCCUCCCUGGCUGUAUUCCUAAAAGCAUGUGUCAUUGUUCUAAAACAUGGAAUAGAAAUUGAUUAAACUACUGUGUUUGGAACUGCAUUGUUUGGUGGAUCUCAUGCGAGCUUGCCAUUGGAUAUUUCUUUUUGUUUCUCUCUGUAACUAUUUCUUCUGGUUUGAUUGUCUUUCACAUCGCUUGGAGUUGAUGUUUGACUUGUUAAAGUGAGACAAUGCAUCUUUGACAUUUUGAUGUAUAACAAAGUGAUAUUAAUUUUCCAAUGAAGCAUGAAAUCCUUUGUGUUUAUCAAA